AACUUUGUACAUAAUGUAUAUUUAUUUUUAUUUUUUCUGUAAAUAUCAUUUCCUUUUUUCUUUUUUAUUUCCAGUAUUUUGUAAAAGAGUUGGAGAACAAAAACAUCCCGCGCAUUCAGAAACCCUGGUGUCUAAAACCUCACUCAACUCGACCCACACUCUCCAUGUCUCUCUCUUUCUCUAUUCCUCGGCGUUUCACUGGGUCGAAAGCUUUAUAUCAAUUAGAAAGGGGACUAAACAGGACUCGCUACGAGCGUUGUUUCUGUCUACCCCUCACGUGCUUUUUGACCUCCUCUUUUCUUUAAUCCACGGAAAACAGCCUGGUAAGGGCUGUACAAGGGAACGAGAAAGGGGUUUGAUAAGAAAGAGUUUUGGAAUGUCCCGCUUAGUUAACAAACAUUGAGUUUAGAGUCGGGGCAGCAUGGAUACGAGACCAUUGAAGUGAAGUUUGGAAUCAUUGUGGUUUUCUAUCUUCAGAUUACCAAAUCACCAAGCCUUUCAGCGAUUCGACGCGCGGCCUCAUGCCGGAUCCAGAUAGCCUUUUCUCGGUACUCAACCGCUGGGUUUUUUUGGUUGGUUGAUGCCUUUAGCUGCGAACCACACUGUCUUCCUUUUUUGAUGUCAGAUCAAGAUAGCUUUCGAGUUGUUCAUUGCAUUGCCUCAGUAAGCCUUCGAGUUCUCCAAGAAAACAAGAAUGCGGGGAACUUCUUUUUUGAAAUAUCUUUGAUUAUUUACUCCCCUGGAAACUCGGUAACUACUCUUCCAGUUUAUGAACAACGAAUGUGUGGAAGUCGAAUGAGGAAUAGUCUCACGUUUCCGUUCAGUGGUUCAGCACAUCGGAUCUUUCAGUGGAUGUAUCGGGUUUGAAAGUCUCUCUUUCUCCUGCUGCCAUUGGAAUUGUGUGUUCGUCUCUCCUCAGGGAAUAUAAGGUUUUCAUGAGGCUGAUCGUGAGCCGCCAUCCAAGCCCGAAUACCUUCGUUUAAGAGAAUAUUUUGUGUAGAAAGUCUCAAAUUCAGGAUCUUCCGCCGCACGGAUUUCCUGAGAAACGAAGUCAUAGGAUUUUUUUUUUUCAACACUAAACAGCAAAAUCAAGAGAAGCAAAGCCAAACGACAAAUCAAGACGUUUUCUGCCAAAAGGUUAAUUUUGGGUGAUUGUACAUUGCCCAAAGUUCAGAGAGCAAUUGCUACCUAAGCCUCCCUUAACUUCCAAAAUCCAAAAGAUGAGAGAAGAGCAGAUAGAAAAGCUUCGAGGAGUAGUGCGUGAUUGUGUGAGCAAGCACUUAUACUCAUCAGCCAUCUUCUUCGCAGACAAAGUAGCCACUUUCACCAACGAUCCUGCUGACAUUUACAUGCAGGCUCAAGCCCUCUUUCUCGGUCGUCAUUAUCGCCGUGCCUUUCACCUCCUUAACGCUUCCAAGAUCGUUCUCCGCGACCUGCGCUUUCGCUACCUCGCUGCCAAAUGCCUUGAGGAACUGAAGGAAUGGGAUCAGUGUCUACUAAUGCUUGGUGAUGCUAAGGUUGAUGAACAUGGAAAUGUAUUUGACACUAAAGAGUGCAAUGUCAUGUACUUGGAUAAAGAUGGAGAAGAUCGUGAGAUCAACAUAUCUUCAGCAAUAUGCUUUUUAAGAGGUCGGGCUUAUGAAGCUCUAGAAAAUCGUUCCCAAGCUCGUCAGUGGUACAAAGCUGCUAUCAAGGCUGAUCCUUUAGGUUAUGAGGCUUUGGAAUGCCUUGUUGAAAAUCACAUGCUUACAUGUGAAGAAGAAACAAGUCUGCUUUCAACAUUGCAAUUUGGUCCUGAAGAUGAGUGGCUCUCUUUGUUCUAUUCCUGCUUGGUUAAAAAGUAUGAUAAAGAAAGUAUUAUAGAAGCCAAAUUUAAAGAGCUUGAAAAAGAAAGCGAGAAUGGCAACCCUUCCAGCGCGAGUUUCAUGCAUACUUUAAAGAAAGAUACUGAUCUGCUUGCCUGUAAAGCUGAAUACUACCAUCAAUGUGGCGAAUAUAACAAAUGCUUUGAACUAACGUCUAUACUACUCGAGAAGGACCCUUUCCAUUUGAAAUGUACAUUGGUGCAUUUAGCUGCUGCUAUGGAGCUUGGGAAUUCAAAUGAGCUUUAUCUUAUGGCAUGUAAUUUGGUGAAGGAUUAUCCUCAAAAGGCUCUUUCAUGGUUUGCUGUUGGUUGUUACUACUGUUGUAUCAAGAAGUACGACCAAGCACGGCGCUACUUCAGCAAGGCUACAAGUUUAGAUAGAACCUUUGCACCUGCUUGGAUAGGCUAUGGGAAUGCUUAUGCUGCUCAAGAAGAGGGUGAUCAAGCAAUGUCGGCAUACCGCACUGCUGCUCGUUUAUUUCCUGGGUGCCAUUUACCAACGAUGUACAUUGGGAUGGAGUACAUGCGAACCCACAGCUUUAAGCUUGCUGAGCAGUUUUUCAUGCAGGCCAAGACCAUUUGUCCUUCAGAUCCUUUGGUGUAUAAUGAAUUGGGUGUUGUUGCUUAUAACAUGAAAGAGUAUAAUAAGGCUGUGCUAUGGUUUGACAAGACGCUGGCACACGUUCCAUCUUUAAGUUCAUUGUGGGAACCAACUAUGCUGAAUCUUGCUCAUGCAUACAGAAAGUUGAAGAUGUACCAUGAAGCAAUUUCGUGCUAUGAGCGAGCACUUGCAUUUUCAACUAGAAGCUUAAGUACUUAUGCAGGCCUUGCAUACACUUAUCACUUGCAGGAUAAUUUUACUGCUGCAAUUACACAUUAUCAUAAGGCUUUAUGGCUUAAACCAGACGAUCAAUUUUGCACUGAAAUGUUGAGUUUGGCCCUUGUAGAUGAAGGUCGCUGUGGCAUAGACCCAAAAAUUGAAUUUCACUGAAAAGGGAGCUUAAUUGUGAUGAUGCUGUAUUAUUCAUUCAUUUCAUGUUGUAAUGUAUAUGAAUUUAUUUUGCUAUGAUUCCUCAAUAAGUCUUAUCUAAUUGAUAGUUGUUUUAUGUAUUAUUAUUAGAAGAAGAAAUUCUCAAAUUUUAUCAUUUGCAUGGGUCUAUCCCUGACGGAAUUAUGCAAGCUGUAAGCCUCAACUUUAGCGGCAGUGAUAACGUUUGCAAUGAAUUCAGGAACCACGAUGGUGAUUGGCUUGGUGGCUUCACGGCUAACCUGGGUGUUUGCACUGUUAUGAUGGUGGAGCUUUGUUGUGUAGUCUAUAACUUGAGAUUGGCUUGGUUUGACAAAGGGGCAAGGAAGGCUGCGCUUGAGCCUGAUAACUCGAGUCUUCUGCAGGGGGAUGGCUGCUUACAGAAUAUUUCUCUAGUUAGAGACAUUUGGAAGAUGCUCAAAUGGGACUGGGAAGUAAAAUUAGGUUUGGGGCAAGUCAAGUAAAAUAGGGUGGUGGUGGCGGCAAUACAUGGUCUUAGGGGUCUAACGGUACCGUUUAACUAAAAAAAAGGUGAUAUGUUAACAUGUCUCACGUGUAGAUCUUUUACUAUAAACUUAAAUGUUGUGUCUUAUCUUUUCCGGUUUGGUGUUUUUAUCACAAUACUUUAGGAGUUGAAACUUCUCAGUAAUACAAAUUCAAAAAUCUUUAAUCUUUUA